AUGGGGAUAGUCCUAAUUGGAGUUCACACGCAGGAGGUGCAGGAGGAGGUGCAGGAGGAGGAGCAGGAGGAGGAGCCGCAGGAGGUGGUUCAGACCUGGACGGGGACUGGGACGGUGAAAGCUUGCACUUGUGACUGUGAAGGAGGGGACUCUCCCACGGGGACACCCCCUGCCGUGUCACCUGUUCUGGCAACCGUGCUGGCCCCCUUUUCCCCCCUGGGGAGCCCGCUGGAAUGCAUGCCAGAGUGUCCCUACCACAAGCCCCUGGGCUUCGAGGCCGGUUCCUUAACAGACGAGCAGAUCACAUGCUCCAACGGUGACCAGUACAUUGGCUGGUACUCCUCCUGGACCCCUGGCAAGGCCCGGCUCAACAACCAGGGCUUCGGGUGUACCUGGCUGUCCAAGGUCAACGACAACAGCCAGUGGAUCCAGAUUGAUCUGAGGGAGGUGGGUGUGGUGUCCGGCAUCAUCACCCAGGGCCGCUGUGAUGCGGACGAGUGGGUGACCAAGUACAGCGUCCAGUACCGAACCCUGGAGAACCUCAACUGGAUCUACUACAAGGACCCGACUGGCAACAACAGGGUCUUCUACGGCAACUCGGACCGCUCCUCGUCCGUCCAGAACCUGCUGCGCCCGCCCAUCAUCGCCCGCUACGUCCGUCUGCUGCCGCUGGGCUGGCACACCCGCAUCGCCCUGAGGAUGGAGCUGCUGAUGUGCAUGAAUAAGUGUACGGUCUGA